AUGACGGACUCAAUUGACUCACCGCAGUUGCCUGCGCAUCUGUUCCGCAGGAAGAAGGAACACAGGAGGGGGAUCACGUACUCGAUCAUGUUGCUCGGUAGAGCAGGUACUGGGAAGACGACGUUUGCUAACAACUUGCUCGAGUCAAGUAUCUUCCCUCACCAGUACGGUAUUGAUGGUAGUGGUACUGGACCGCGGCUGAACGAAAGGGUGACCGUUACAGCACCGACGAAAGUCGUGUCUUUCGCCUCGAACAACGGGCUGCCCUCGUACUUGUCCGUCUUCGACGCUCAUUCUGCUGAUGGGGAACCCGGCGUCUCGCUAACAUCGACCUCCCUUGAGAUUUCGACCGCGGAGGACCCACACGAAAGGGACACGGAGGACGCGAUCCUGUUGAAUUUAAUCAACACUCACGGAAUUGGAGAGAACUUGGACGAUGCAGCAUGCUUCGAAGAGGUCACCUCUUACCUUGAACAGCAAUUCGAUAUAGUACUUGCGGAGGAGACGCGGAUUAGAAGAAACCCAAGGUUCGAGGAUACUCGUGUACACAUCGCUCUGUACUUCGUGGAACCUACGGGGCAUAGCCUUAAGGAACUCGACAUUGAGCUCAUGAAGAUGUGCUCCCGUUACACAAACGUGCUGCCUAUCAUUGCUAAGGCAGACUCCCUCACCAAGGAGGAGCUGAAACAAUUCAAACAGAACGUCAACGACGACAUCAGCAGGUUCAACAUCCCAGUGUACAAGUUUGAAGUAGACCCUGAUGAUGACGACUUGGAGGCCGUGGAGGAGAACGAGGCGUUAGCUGCAUUGCAACCGUUUGCGAUCGUUUGUUCUGAGACUCAGGAGGAUGGGAAGUACGUCAGAAAGUACCCCUGGGGUACUCUCAGAGUGGACGACAGUAACGUUUCGGACCUGCUCGUCCUGAAAAACGUACUCUUUGGCUCGCAUUUGCAAGAGUUCAAGGAUACGACUCAGAAUUUACUCUACGAAAACUACAGAGAGGAGAAGUUAUCCAGUGUGACUAAGAACCCACCACCGGCCGCACACGGAGACGCGGUAACGGUAGGGGAUAAGUCGAUGCGAAGGGUCAGCGAGGCGCCCAGUCUGAGCAAUUUUGUCUCACUUAUAAACACGGGCCAGUUCAAAUCGCAGCAACAUCUGACUGUAGGGGCAGGCCUGCCGGAAACCCCGAAGCAGACGCGCUCGUACUCUACGACGGACAAUCAGGGUGAGUCCCCGAUCAAGCAAAUGUCCGACGAGAUCAGAUCUGAGAACCAAGAGAUCAUUGAUAGUAUUAAAAAGGAGGCACGGUCCCCAGGCAUCAACGAGAGGAAUAAAUUGAGAAACAUAUCGGAGACGGUCCCCUACGUCUUGAGACACGAAAGAAUCAUCGCGAAACAACAAAAACUGGAAGAACUGGAGGCUCAAAGUGCACUAGAGUUGCAAAAAAGAAUACAAGAACUAGAGCUCAGAGCGCAGAAAUUGAAAAUGAGGGAAAAGUUACUCAACCAGGGGAGUGACUCUAGGAGUGCAUCCGUCUCCUCACUCGGAUCAAGAAGAGUCCAGUUGAAGAAGGAAGACACGCUGACAGAUCUAGCCUCCAUCGUCUCUGGUAAACAGUGA